CGGGUGCGGGCGUUGAUGUCAGCAUUCUGCGCCGCCGCGAGAGGAAAGCCCGCGAGCGGCGCCAGCCGGAAGGGGAGGGGCGGUUGGUCCGGUUUCCUGGCGACGCGGCUGUGCUGGUGGCUCCUUCGCGGGCUGAUUCCCUUUUUUUUCCUGACGUGUGAGCUGGCAGUUAUGCUUUGGCUACUCUCUACUCCCAAGCUGGUUCCUGCUUUAGCAAGCGCCCGCGGCCUCUCAGGAUGCAUAUCAUGUUUGCAGCGAAGAUACUCUCUCCAGCCUGUGCCAGAGAGGAGAAUUCCAAAUCGAUAUUUAGGCCAGCCUAGCCCCUUCACACAUCCACACCUCCUCAGACCAGGGGAGGUGACACCAGGACUAUCUCAGGUGGAAUAUGCACUUCGUAGACACAAACUGAUGUCUCUGAUCUACACGGAAGCACAGGAGCAAAGUGGGACAGACCAGACAGUGGUUGUGCUCUCCAAUCCUACGUACUACAUGAGCAAUGACAUUCCCUACACUUUCCACCAAGACAACAAUUUCCUGUACCUGUGUGGAUUCCAAGAGCCUGAUAGCAUUCUGGUCCUUCAGAGCCUGCCUGACAAGGAGUUACCAUCACAUAAGGCCAUGCUUUUUGUGCCUCGGAGAGACCCCAGUCGAGAACUUUGGGAUGGUCCUCGAUCUGGCACGGAUGGAGCAAUAGCUCUAACUGGAGUCGAUGAAGCCUAUACACUAGAAGAAUUUCAACAUCUAGUACCAAAGCUGAAAGCUGAGUCGAACAUCAUUUGGUAUGACUGGAUGAAGCCUUCUCAUGCACAGCUUCAUUCUGACUACAUGCAGAGUGUGACUGAGGCCAAAGCCAGGAGCAAGAACAAGGUUCGGGGUGUUCAGCAUCUGGUACAGCGCCUCCGGCUAAUCAAAUCUUCUGCAGAAAUUGAGAGAAUGCAGAUUGCUGGGAAGCUGACAUCACAGGCUUUCAUAGAAACCAUGUUUGCCAGUAAAGCCCCUGUGGAAGAGGCCUUUCUUUAUGCCAAGUUUGAAUUUGAAUGCCGGGCUCGUGGUGCAGACAUCUUAGCCUACCCACCUGUGGUUGCUGGUGGUAAUCGGUCAAACACUUUGCACUAUGUGAAGAAUAAUCAACUCAUCAAGGAUGGGGAAAUGGUGCUUCUGGAUGGAGGUUGUGAAUUUUCCUGCUAUGUGAGUGACAUCACCCGUACCUGGCCUGUCAAUGGCAGGUUCACCGCAGCUCAGGCAGAACUCUAUGAAGCUGUUCUAGAGAUCCAGAGGGCUUGUCUGUCCCUCUGCUCCCCUGGGACAAGCUUGGAGAAUAUCUACAGCAUGAUGUUGACGCUAAUAGGACAGAAGCUUAAAGAGUUGGGGAUCAUGAAGAACAGCAAAGAAAAUGCUUUCAAGUCUGCUCGAAAAUACUGCCCUCACCAUGUAGGCCAUUACCUUGGGAUGGAUGUCCAUGAUACUCCAGACAUGCCCCGUUCUCUCCCUCUGCAGCCGGGUAUGGUGAUCACAAUUGAACCAGGCAUUUAUAUUCCAGAGGAUGACAGAGAUGCUCCAGAGAAGUUUCGAGGUCUUGGUGUGCGAAUCGAGGAUGAUAUAGUGGUGACUCGGGACUCCCCUCUCAUCCUUUCUGCAGAUUGUCCCAAAGAGAUAAAUGACAUUGAGCAGAUCUGCAGCAGAACCUCAUGACCCCCAUUGCAACUCAGAUGCAUCUCAGGUUCAAAACAGGCGUGCAGGUAUCCCUGCAUGUGUGCAUUCUGAGUCUCCAUGCAUAUUUAUGCACAUGUUUUAUUUGGGAGUGCAGCAGCUAUAUAUGAUGUGUGUAAUCAUUACAUGAGCUUUUCUAAGUAGAUGGAAAAAUGGAAAAGUGAAUUUUGGAAUGAUUUCUUACUGUGACUUUAGUAACAUUAAUUCUGUAGAAUUAAUGAUCCAAACAAGUUUAAUUUUUAAACAUAAAAUAUGGUUAUAUAAGUCAUUUCAUUCCAAUUAACACAUUUAAACAUAGGGAAAAUUCUCUUCUCUCUAGGUCCUUUCUUUUCUUUACUUUCACUGAUGUCAUAAGAUGUAUGAUGCCUGUAUUUUGAGCUAAUCACCAGGGUCUCUGCCUGUGCUGAGAGCUACAUGUCAGUGACUUUGGAUGGCCAGCACAUACCUUUCAUAACUCCUGCCUCCAUAUUCCAUAUUCUGCUUAUGUACUGGAGCCACAUGAAUUUGCAGGGGCACUGGCAUCCUUUCCAUUCAGCCACAGUCCAGAUUCAGCAACAUGAGCUAUUGAACAAAAUAGUUUUGAAUCUUUCUUGCUAUUUGAUUGCCUGAGCCCUAGAAAGUGUUUAGAUUUUUCAUAAGGAAGAAAACCGAACAGAAAGAAAAGAAUGUGUGUCUCUUACAGAUCCAGACCUCCAACUAUUUCUUCUCUUCAAUUUAAAGAUGAUUCCUUUCCCAGGCAUCCCUGAUUCCUUUAUAAGUUUUUUUUUGUUGUUGUUGUUAUUGUUAUUGUUUUUGAGAUAAGUUGUUUACCUAGGCUGGUCUUAAACUUUAGGGCUUAAGUGAUCCUCCCAUCUCAGCCUCCAGAGUUGCUGGCAUGCCACUGUACCUGGCUCCUUCACAGUUUAUUUACUUUGUUUUUUCUUUUUCUUCCCACCUCUCCUCCCAGUACUAGAACCUAGCGCCUCACAUAUACUAGGCAAGCACUCUACCUACCACUGAGCUGUAUCCCCACAUCUUUUUAAUUUUGAGACAGGAUCUUACUCAGUUACCCAGGCUGGCUUAGAACUUGUAAUCCUCCUGGUCCAGCCUUUGCCUACCUGGGAUUACAUUUAAGUCCUACCAUACCUGGCCACCACACCAGGUAAUGCACUGACCUCAUAAGUUACUCUUGAAAUUACUGCACUGGCCAAAAGCAGAUCCCCCACUUACCCUGUUAAAAUCAAAAUAAUGGUGUUCAGUUUUCAGAGAAAUAACCCUCCUAUUCUGUGAUUUCCUCUAGCUCUGAUUAAUUAAUAUGUAUAUAUAUAUAUAUAUAUAUA